AUGUCUUCUGCAACUACAGGAUCAGCGACAGAGACAAUAGUUCAUAUAGGAAACAUAACCUCAACUGAUUCUACGUCUACGUACAACACUUUCUUUUCUAAGAAAUCCCCAAAACCAAGUAAUUCGAGUAAAAGUCGGAAAUCUAAAAACCGAAUACGUAAACUCGAGCUUGAUAUAUAUGAACUUCGUCAGAAGGCAAAGCAGAUGCAGAAAAAUCUGAAAAAUAUUAAAAACACUCAAUUAACGAAUCAAGAAUUAUUAUUAAUCAAAGAACAGAUAAAAGAUUCAAUAUCCCAAACUGCACAUUCAUCCAUACAAUAUCUUAUGAGUGAUUUAAUUGAAUGUUGUCAGUCAAAUGCUCAACUUAAGACUCAAAUUGACACUUUAUCAUUUGAAAUUGAAAAUGAAAAGCAAAAACGAGAGUACAUGACCGAAUUAUUAAACUACAAAGAAACUGAUUUAUAUUCUGACAUUGAUAUUAAUUUUCACGUUCAUAAGCCGAGUAUUUCCCAAAUCGAUAAUCAAAAAUUGAAAUUCGAAUCAAAAGAACUUAUGAAUUCAUUAUCACAGUUAAAUUCGACAAUUUUAUCCGAAAUGCGGCCAAAUUUUAACACAUCUUCCACAUUAGAAGCAGCGAACGAAAUUAAUAAAAGCUUACAAUCAAAAAUGAAACUGGGACGGAUUAUAUGUUCCUAUCCAGAAUACGAUAUCAAAAAACUCAACCAAAACAUUACUACAUUUAAAGAAUCUAACGCUAUCAUUGAGCGAGACGUGAACGAAUACAAGGCUCAAAUAACAAAAAUCUUGCAAAAUAAUGAAAAACAAUCAGCAGAAUUGCAAUCUCGCAAUCAAGACUUCGAAAAGGCAAGUUCAAAGGAAUUGAACUACCUUGAUAACAGCAUACAAAGCCUCACGUUUAGAAUUAAUCAAUCUGUUGAGCUUUUUGAUCAAAUAAUUUCAGAAAUACAGCAAAUAUCAAAUAAAUCCUAUGAAAUUGAAGAACCACUAAGCGAAACCGCUUACGAAGAUCAAAAUACAUACUAUUAUGAACAAGAAUAUGAAGCAUCAAUUGCUUCCUUGGUUCAGCAAAAACUUACAUUGCUGGACGAAUUGAAUAAUAUGCAAAAGCAGUACUCUGAACUUAGAGAGUCGGCAACGGCAAAGGAAGAGAGUUUGAGACAAUCAAUUCGAAAAAUGAUGCAUCAAGUUAAAAUUAACAAUCAACUCUUGCAUAAUGGAUUCCCAAUACCCAUGGAAUCUGAUUCAUCAGGUUUAAUGUCUCUAGACAUGAUGUCUUUUACCAAAUAG